AUGGAACUCGUUCUGGGCACUACUGCUUUUCUGGUACUUCUGAUGGCUACCUGUCUUUAUCUUCUGCGGUCCACAAAACACACUCCGCAGCUUCCCGAUACUCUACCGUGGUACAGCAGAAAGGGCCAACCUUUUAUCAUUCCUGACCCCGGCCUCAAACCGCAAGUUAUGUUGCCACCUGAUCAUGUUCAGUGGAUGUUGCAGCUGCCAGAUACCGUCCUGGGCCGGCAGGCUGACAACGAGAAAUUGGGGUUUCGUCAUAUGACCAAUCUGAUGACGAAGCCAGACCCUGUGAUAACCGAGACGAUUCGUAAAGAUCUAACUAGGAACAUUCUGAAACAGCAUUCUGAUAUCUCUGACGAAAUACGUAGAAGCAUUGAUGCGACAAUGGGGACUGAAGAUUCGUGGGUCGAGAUCAACCUUAUUGAGGCCGUGGAAACGAUAGUCAUUAGAUCUCAUUCGCGUCCUCUGGUAGGCCUGCCCCUAUGUCGCAGUGAAAAGUACGUAUCAGCCAUGAGGGCGAUGACUUCCUCAUGGGCCAAAGGCUCUCUCGCACUGAGGUAUGUGCCCUGGUUCCUACGGCCACUUCUGGGACUCUUGAUGAGCCUACCCUACAAGCUUUACAAGACAAGAGCAUUGAAAAUUGUUUUGCCAAUGAUUAUCGAGUCCAUGUCAAAUAUAGGGCGAGAAAUAAUGGAUCCUGCGUUUAGCAGUGAGUCGCCAGACAACUUUAUCAAAUGGAUGGUUACUGCUGCUUUGAAAGCUAAAAGCACUGCGUUUACUACUCCGGAGGACGCUGCGGAGAGAUUCUUAAUCGUUGUCCUAGCAUUAGACUCUACAUCCGUGGCCUUAGCAAAUAUGUUGCUCGAUUUGCUGAGCUCAAAGCCUGAGCUACGUUACUACGAGGCCCUGCGCCAAGAGUCUGAAAUGGCUUUCCAAGCUGAGAAGGAUUGGGAUGACUGGGCCAGUGUAAACAAACUGCGACUCACUGAUAGUGCGAUACGAGAAACCCUACGUCUCAAUCCGCAAGCUGUGCGGAGUCGACAACGAGAGGUCCUACAGAAAGACGGACUGAAGCUGCCGGAUGGUCAACAUUUACCCAAAGGCUCUUGGAUUGGAUUUUCUCCUACUGAUAUUCACUUUGACGAGAGAUUCUAUCCAGAUCCGGAAACGUACGAUCCAUUCCGAUUCGUUGCAGGAAAUGAAACUUUGGAGCUGGAACAACGCAGCAUAUCCGCUGAUGUUGCCUCUAAGGAGCGGAUGUCUUCGUUGAUGGUCGCAACGAACAAGACGUUCCUUAGUUUUGGGCAUGGCCGCCACGCAUGGUGA